AUAAUUGGUUGGCUAUUAGAUUUCAUACUUCUUAAUCAGAGUCUUCUUAUGUCAAUCAUAUAUCUGUGGUCUCAGCAAUAUCGUGAUUCCAUAGUAACCUUUAUUUUUGGAUUGAGGUUCAAGGGUGUUUAUUUUCCUUGGGUUCUUCUUGCAUUCGAUGCCUUACAAAUGGGAGGUGCUUUACCAUGGCACACACUCAUUGGAAUAGUUACCGGACACAUAUAUUAUUUUUUACAAGAACUUUAUCCUGCAAGUGGUGGGCCAAGGUUAUUAAAUACACCACAAUGGUUAUAUCAACAAUUCCCACCUACAAAUGGAAUACGGACAUCUUUUGGUACCACUGUUUUACCACCAAGAAAUUCUUCCGAAAAUCAGCCGACAAGUGCACAUCGAUGGGGCAGAGGGCAGAGAUUAGGAACGUAA